AUGCCACAUACACCACUCUUGCUUGUGAGAUCACCCAUUGUUAGAUCUCACACCAGCACCACCACCAACAACAACAAUACUCCAUUGCUACUAACGCAAAAGAUUUCCAAUGUCCCAUCAGAGUUUCAUUCUAUUAUCACAUCUCCAGAGCAACGCAACUAUAGGCUCGGUAUUAUAUUACUUUUAGUAUCAAUAGCCACAUGGAUCACCGGCUUGGAGUUGGUCAACGGCGUGUUAAAGACUAAUGAGUAUAAGAAACCAAUAUUGUUUGCUGUCAUCACCGGAUCUUGUUUUGUGGUAAAUUUUGUACCAGAUUUGGCACUAUUAUGUCGGAGACAACGGAAAAGUCACGGCGAUGGUAUGGGCGAUGGUGACGGCGAUGUGAAUGGUGGAAAAAAGGAUUUAGAGAGACAACCAUUGCUCAUCAAUAAUAGUGGUGGCAAAGAUGGAAUAAACUUUGAUGAAGAAAAAACACUCGAUAAUGAAAUGACAAAGUUGGAAGUAAUGGUAUUGGCUUUACAAAUUGCAGUGAUAUAUCUAUGCUACAAUAUUUUUUUACUUGAGGCAUUGCAAUUUACUUCGGCAUCUAAUUCAACGGUUAUUGGCUCAACAACGGCUGUAUUUACCCUUAUUAUUGGCUAUUUCCUUCGAACUGAGCAAUUGAGUAUAUUGAAAGCCAUUUGUGUUGUUUUCAGUUGCCUUGGGGUAGUAUUGGUAAAUAAUAGCAGCCCCAGCACUAGUCAUAACGACAACCCUGAUCCAGUAUUUAAUAAUAUUGGUGGUACAGGAGAUGACAUAGGGGGAGGCAUAGGAGGAUUUGAACCAAAAAAUCCGAAAUUGGGCAAUAUAUUGGCAUUGGCAGGCGCAUUCCUCUAUGCAUGCUAUUUAUUGAUAAUGAGAAUCAAGUGUGGAUCAAGUAGCAGCAAAAAGACAAAUGAAAGAAGAUUGUUUGGUUACGUUGGUAUAAUGACAAUUAUUCUUGGUUUUCCUUUACUCUAUGCGUCGCAUAUUUUUCAAUUCGAAACAUUUGAAUUACCACCAAGGGGGGAUAGAAAUAUCAUGGUUUUUAUCCUUAUCAAUGGUGUAUUUUCCGUCAUUUCAGAUUUUACUUCGAUCUUGGCAAUGUUAUUAACAAGUCCCUUGGUAACUUCGCUCACUUUGACCAGUUCCAUUCCCAUCACCAUAAUCAUUGACUCUUUGAUUCUCAAAUGGAAUCAUGAACCAAAUUUGAAUAUGAAUUUAGAUUACAUUUUAGGGAUUACAAGUAUCCUUACAGCUGUUGUAUUAGUCAACUUCAGUUCAACACCAGACGAAUAUGGCAAUGAUUUUCUUGAAGAGUCAGUGUUGGAAAAUGUUAUCAUCAAUGAUGAAAUAUUAUCACCAAUCUUGUCACCUUUAUUUGAACGGCCUUCACUUUCAACUAAGCCUUUGACUAUCCAAUCACCGCUUUUGAGGAAAUUGUUCACUUCAAGCGAAACAAAUUACAUGGAAGCAGAAGAAGUUCAUCAGAAAGUACCCAUGUUCAACUUGAACGCUAACGACGAGAGCCCACCAACGCAUAACGCAAACCAUCAUCCAAAUUUGUACCAUUCUCCGGAUUUGCAUUCGCAUCCAUUAUUGACUCAUCAAGUCAGGAAAAGCUCAACUAUCAGUACAAAUCCGAGUAUUGAGCACUAA